CUAAGAUAUCAUCGGCGAAAAAUUGGAGUCGAGUUUGAGACCGCAAAGACAGCAAUUCGCCAAAAUGCCGUCUUCUACUACCCUCACAACCAAAGUGGCCUCUGGCUCACCAUACCAGCUGGACAACCCUCAGGUUGUCAAAGCUUCCACCGCACUGCUGCGCCAUAUCAAGUCCGCCCAGCAAGAGAAGGAAAAGUCGGCGACCAAGAAGACCCUGAUUGGCGACAAUGACUCCGAUGAUGAGGACACUCCCCUCAACAACGAGGCCGUGUGGUUGCUCCUCACCACCAAGAAGCACGUCGUGGAUAAGAACCGCCUGAAGCCCGGCAAGAUCACUAUCCCGCACUCCCUCAACUCGUCGCCCUCGCUCAGCAUCUGUGUGAUCACUGCCGACCCCCAGCGCGGCUUCAAGGAUGUCGUCGCCGACCCCGCUUUCCCCCAGGAACUAUCCUCGCGUAUCGAGAAGGUCAUCGGCUUCUCCAAACUCAAGGCCCGCUACCAGAGUUUCGAGAGCCGUCGCCAAUUGUUCUCCGAGCACGAUGUUUUCCUGGCCGAUGACCGUAUCAUCACCCGCCUGAUUCCCACCCUUGGCAAGAUUUUCUACAAGUCGAGCAAGCGCCCAAUCCCUAUUCGCAUCGCCGAGAUUGAGAAGGUGGAUGGCAAGCGUGUCAAGAAGGAUCCUAAGGCGAAGAAGCCCUCCAAGGAGGAGAAGAGCGCCUCUUUCGCUGCGCCUCUGAUCUGCGCCAAGGAGAUCGAGCGCACCCUGAACUGCGCUGCCAUUCACCUGGCUCCUUCUACUUCCUCCGCUAUCCGUGUCGGCUCGUCCAAUUUCACUGCCGAGCAGUUGUCCGAGAACAUCGCCGCCGUCGUCAAUGGCAUGGCUGAGAAGUUUAUCAACAAGGGCUGGAGGAACAUCAAGGCAGUCCACGUCAAGGGCGCAAACACCAUGGCUCUCCCUAUUUGGCUGGCCAAUGAGCUGUGGGUGGAAGAUGCCGAUGUGGUGGAGGAGGAUCAGGCCGCUAUCGAGGACGGCGCCAAGGCUGGCAAGAAGCGCAAGUCUAUUGGCGAUGAGAAGUUGGUGGAGGCUAAGAAGACCAAGAAGACCAAGUCUGCUGAGGACGAGGACGAGGACGAGGCCGAGUCUGCGGCAGCUAGGAAAGAGAAGCUCCAGAAGCAGAAGGCCAAGGCUCUCGAGGAUGGUGAGGCCGUGGUGACCGAAGCCCCGAAGGCGGGCAAGAAGAAGAGAAAGUCGACCUCAUAGUUGGGUCCAGUUUUGCCUCGUUAUAAUGUUCUGCAUGUAAAGGUAUUCUCGGCGUACAAAAUAUCACGUGUGUCAUUUCUUUCGUCAAUAGGGAUUAUCUACGUUUUAAACAUUGC